AUGUCGAUUAGACAACAAAGGGAAGAGGACCUCGCCGACUACAUCAAAAGAUUUAACGAAGAUACACUAAAAGUUUCUGACCUACAGGACAGCGUCGCAUUCACCGCUCUCAUGUCCGGGAUAUACCCAUCGAGCAGAUUCAAGUUGAAGCUCGCGGAAACCGAGGCCUCAUCGUUCUCAGAAGCCAUGAAUCUUGCUCAAAAGUUCAUUCAGGCCUCCGAUAUUUGCAAAACGCAUGAGGAGCGUAUCUCCGGAAAGAGAAAGCACGAAUACACCCCUCGAGCGGAUAACCCCGGGGAUGUCCCUCGAAAAGAGAAAGAUAAGAAGCCCCGAUUGGAAAGCAACAGGAACAACCCACAGUAUAACCUGAACCAGAGAGAGAUUUAUCUAGAUAUCAAAGGAAAGUAUCCCAUGCCAAAGCCUAACCCCAUCCGGAUGUCUUUCAACAAGCGGGAUAAAAGGCUCUGGUGUGAGUUCCAUCACGACUGUGGUCACACCACACGUGACUGUCGAGAACUAAAAAGAGUGCUAGACAAGCUAGCCGACGAAGGAAAAUGGAACCGAUUUUUGAUAGACCCAAAAGAGAAGAAAGUCGAGCCCCGCCAAGAUAAGCGGACUCUAAGUGAUGAGACUGCAGGAUAUGUCAACGUCAUUGUGGGAGGAUUCUCCUCGGGCGGCUUAACCAGCCGCUCUCGCAAGAAACACCUCUAUGCCUUGAAGCACGGGAGUGACGCGACCUCUUCUGCAGUAUGCCCGACUACGACCUUCAAAGACAGUCAUCGACUCAUACAAACCCCGCAUGACGAUCCCUUGGUGGUCGAAAUGAAGAUAGCCAAUCUGCGGGUAGGUCAAGUUCUGAUAGACAGCGGGAGCUCUGUGGAUAUCAUCACUAUGGACUGCCUAAGGAAACUGAAAUACGAAGAGAAGGACCUUUCCCCCAUCGACCAGCCGCUGGUGGGAUUCGGGGGACAAUUUGUUCAGCCCCUCGGUUCAAUCAAGUUGCCCACGCAGAUGGGGGAGAAGGGGGCAGGUCGGAAUGUCAUCAUCGACUACCUAGUGGUCGAUACCAGCCUUCCUUAUAAUGUGAUCAUAGGGCGGCCCACACUCAAUAAAGUAAACGCCGCCAUCUCGACCUAUCAAUUGCUCCUGCAGUUCAAGGGGCAUGACGGGAUGGUCGCUCGAUUGUUCGGCAACCAGAAGUCUGCCCGAGAAUGCUACGUCAACAGUUUGAAAAGCAGUGACGGGGGUAUCUCCCGGAAAAGAAAGUGCCCCGAGCCAGAGGAGCCCCUUCCCGUGAUGGGACUCUACAUGGCCGAUAACCCAAAGCAAUACGAGAGGCCUCGUCUUGCAGAUCGAGAUGAAGAGGUGUGCAUCGACAGUGAGCAAGGUCGCACCGUUCGGAUAGGCAAGCAGGUCCCUAAAGGGAUUAGGACCCGAAUCCUCGAAGUCAUAAAGGAAUUUCAAGACGUCUUCGCUUAUACUGUCGACGAGAUGCCUGGAAUCGACCCUAAGCUUAUGGUUCACCGGCUCAUUAUUCGAGAAGGAUAUAAGUCGAUCAAGCAAAAAUUGAGGCACCAAGGGGCCGAAAGGAGUGCAGCGGCCUCCGAAGAAGUGCAAAAGUUGCUAGCCACCGGUUUCAUUCGGGAGUGUCAAUAUACCGAGUGGUUAGCCAAUGUGGUCCUGGUCGAAAGCAAACCGGAGCCUGGAGGAUGUGCGUCGACUUCACAGACCUGA